AUGGAUGGGGGGUCAGUUGAGAAGAGGCCGCAGGAACCGAAGGCCAAGGGGAAAGCGGUGGACGAGAAUCCCACAUCAGACAAGAGGAUUACACGGUCCCAGACUCAUUCAGGGCGUGGAAAAAGGAAAGGUGGUUGCGGGGGCUGGUCUUUAUAUCGCAUUUCAGAGACGAGAUUUGACGGGAAGACUGCGGAAUUUCAAGGUGACCCUGAAGAUUCUGAAGCUGCUCGUGAUGCAGCAGGAGAGUCUUCCAAGUCGGGGCCUGCUGAUGUUCAGAAAUCUCGUGAUGAGGGAAAGGGUAAAGAGCGUGAUGAAAAUGGCGGAGAUGAUGGUUGUGGAGGGGGUCAUGGCGGGAACAGCGACGGUGACAAGAAUGAUGAUGGCAAGAAGGGCGAUGGAGAUGGGCCAGGUGACAAGAAGAAGGGCAAUGAAGAAGAGGAGGAUGUGGAAAAACAGGAUGAGGAAAAGAAGGAUGACAACGCUCAGGCCAGCGGACAGACCGGUCUUGAAGAUACACUGGAUGAAGAAGCCCCCAGGCCUGGCUCUUCCGGCUUUCAGCCCGCAUCUAGGAGUCGAAAAAGAUCCCGACCAUUAUCUUCAUCCUCGGCCGGUGGACAAUCACCCAGACUUGGCUUUUCGCCUCGAUCUAGAACUCGAGAAGCAUCCCCACCAUUUUUGACACCUUUGGCCCGUGGACAAACCCCUCGUCCCAGGCCUCAAGGAGGAUCCCAACCACCAUCUUCUUCUUUGGCUGGAGGGGAAACGCCCAGGCCUCGCCAAACGCGGGACGGUCGAAGAGCCCGCAGACACAACCAAAGAGAUUACCAAAUGCUCGCCACGUACCGUGGACGCGGAUCUUCAGCGGAUUUGGGUGACCCUCGAUUGGUACAAUCCAGAUGGGAUCCGACGGAGGCAAGUUGGCUGAACUUGAGUAACGGGGCCACGAUGCAAUGGUCGGUAACACACCAGCCCGCAACAUAUCAGCCUGGCCCAGUAGAGCAGUCUGUAGAGCAGUCUGACCCAGAAGAGCACGACAGUCUGAAUUCUCUGUUCCCUCGCAACCUACUGUUGAUACCUGACAGAAGGUCGCCACGUGACGUAAUGAGACGGGUAUCGGAGUGGGUUAUUACGCAGGAUUAUGCGCCUUCACCCCUUUUGCAGACCAUAGCAUCAUUUUCCGAAACGUCCUCGUCGACUUCACCAAGCCUCAACCUGGCAGCUUCGCCGACAUUCAACACACCUGCGAUGGGGGGAUACUCGGUCUACGAUGGUAUAACCGGUAACGAACUUCCACCGGACCCUCCCCGACCCCGUCGCGUGACGCCUUCUCCGCUGUCGCCCGCUCCCGCGGUGGCCCCUCGCCCUGACGUUGAGGGCUCUUCGCGCCCUGGAAGUCCUCCGCCUGAGGGUGACUUGGACUCUUCUGACACUAACCGAUAUCUCCCCGACAGCCCGCUUCCCGACGAACGAGACAUGUACCCAUUGUUAUUUUUUCCUCCCGGUGGCCCAAUUUGCGCGAUCAAUUCCCCCGGGGGAAGAAUCUUUCAGGUAGCCUCGCCGGGACCAUCACUGGUUGUUGUCCACCGCGAAUCGCAGUCCAUUUUCGCCGUUCCACCUUCCAAUGCCCGCUUUUCGCCCGGGGGUGAACUUCGACCGUUUGGAAGGUCUUAUGGAUGUGGCACUUUGUUGCCGGUUCUUGUGAGUCCGCUUACUCGUGUUUCGCCCCGGGCUGAGCUGCUGCCGGCCCCGCCGGGUUUUUCGGAGACUGUGUAUGAGAAUCUGAAUGGGAUGGCUGGACGAGAUGAGGAAGAGGGUGAACUUGGUAGUGCUGAAAUGGAUUUGGACGGGGAUGAGAGUUCAGGUGAUGAGGUUAUGUCCAGGCUGAGUAUCAUGGAUCCAAGGGAUGAGAUUGGUAGUGUUGAAGGGGAUUUGGAUGAGGGUGAGAGCACAGGUGGUGAAGGUUCGUCUGUGCAGUAA